AUGGGCGUGCGAAGCCGCAGGUCGAAUUCGAAACGACGAAGGGCAGCCACUGUAUCCAUCGGCGACAGCGGCGGCGUUGGCGGCGUGGACUUGAUCAGCGGCCUCAACGACGACUUGCUACUGCGCAUCCUGUAUCUGGUACCGGACGCCGAGAACGUCGUGCGCACCCACGCGCUCUCGCGGCGGUGGCGUGGCCUCUGGACGGGGGUCGCCGCCCUGCGCUUCGACUUCAGCAGCUGGCGAAAGAUUUGCAGGUCAGACGCUGCCGCGGAACGGUACAUUGCCUUCGUCAAUGGCGCUCUCGCGCUUCGUGCUACCGCCGCGAAGGAGCCCGCUUUCGUUGAGGACCUGGCCAUCUCGUUCGACAUAUCUGAACAAGAAACAGGACAGCUAGUGCCCCUAUCCGUGGAAGCUGCACAGGGAUGGAUCCGUUACGCUGUGCAGCACGCGGUGAAAUCUUUCAUCUUGAAACUGAUGCUGCCAUGGCAGUGGCGGUUCGACCUGGAUCGCGAUGACAACGACAUCGAGCAUCCUGUGAUGACCCUUGAUGAGAUGGAUAAUAACUUUGCAAAGAUGGAGACCAUGCAUUUGAGAUUGGGUGGGGCAGAACUUCGACUGCCUUGUUCCACAGUGGUCUUCCCGUCCCUUAUAGAUCUUUCACUCGAAGACAUAGAGGUCCCAGCAGGUGGUGGCUACCUCCUUUCUCGCCUCGUGUCGUCGGCAUGCUGUCCACGCCUGCACAAGCUUCGGCUUCGGCAAUUGAGUUUUGACCUCUCUACGAUAGAAGUGUUGCGUAUUGAGGCUGACACACUUUUGGAGCUGUCCCUAGAGUCAAUGUUUAAGCUGCAAUUCUUGGAACUCAGGACGCCUAGUCUCCAAGUUCUACAUAUUGAGGACUCCUUCGAUCUCAAUGGGUUCACAGUCUCAGCUCCAAGGUUGGAGAAUCUUAGGUUCUGUGUACAACAACCUUUGCAUAUUGAUGACGUUCAUGGCCAAUUGUCAAGUGUGGGAACUCUCAAGAUUCAAAUGUUCUCACAUGGAGAAACCGACGCUGAGGAUAGAAACGAUGCUGGCAUUCAUGUCCUGCAAUGCUGUAGGUUAACUAGAUGCCUUGAAGUGUCUUUUGAAAUUCCAAAGACAAAGUAUCAAACCGUUGACAUAAUCAAAGGCAGGAUUCCGCUACUUCCUCAUGUGACACACUUAGCAGUUGAUAUUAAACUAUGGGAGCGACAUUCCGCUGGACCUGGCGUAGCAUGUCUCCUUGCACAAUGCAGCAAUAUUAAAUAUCUCAGGCUACAGGUAUGCUACAUCAUUAAAAAGAAGAACCAAUCAGAAUUGGAUCUCUUAUGUGAUAAUAACUCAUGCCAUUGGAGAUCCCAUGAGUUUUCUCUAGAUCAUCUCGAGAAAGUAGAGUUCAAGGAAUUGAUGGGAACUGAUUGUGAAUUCCAAUUCAUUCAAUUCAUACUGACAAAGGCAACGGGAAUUCGGAAGGUGGGCGGGCCGGGUGCCAUACGCCGGAGCUGGCAGUUACGGCCCAUCGCUGCCAUACCCGUUUGUUGA